AGAUCUGUUACAAUCUUAUUCUGACUGUUUUGUUCACAGCAACCAUGAAAUUCCUGCUGAUCGUUGCUUCCGUCAUCGCUGUGGCCGUCGCUGGCCCGACCCGCGUCAUCGUCACCCCCGGUGGUGGCUCCGCGCCCAUCGUCGAAGCUGAAUCCCCGAUCAUCGCUGGACCUGCCCUGGUUGAGAGCCCCGCCGUCGUCGAGCACCCCAUCGUUGUUGAGAGCCCCGUUGUUGUGGACACCCCCAUUGUUGAGAGCCCCGCCGUCGUCGAGCACCCCAUCGUUGUGGAGAGCCCCGUCGUUGUGGACACCCCCAUCGUUGAGAGCCCUGCCGUCGUCGAGCACCCCAUCGUUGUGGAGAGCCCCGUCGUUGUGGACACCCCCAUCGUUGUUGAGAGCCCCGCCGUCGUCGAGCACCCCAUCGUUGUUGAGAGCCCCGUUGUUGUGGACACCCCCAUCGUUGAGAGCCCCGCUGUCGUCGACACCCCCAUUGUCGAUGUGAGCCCCGUCUUCGUCGAACACCCCAUCGUUGUGGAGAGCCCCGUCGUUGUGGACACCCCCAUCGUUGUUGAGAGCCCCGCCGUCGUCGAGCACCCCAUCGUUGUUGAGAGCCCCGUUGUUGUGGAUACCCCCAUCGUUGAGAGCCCCGCCGUCGUCGACACCCCCAUUGUCGAUGUGAGCCCCGUCUUCGUCGAACACCCCAUCGUUGUUGAGAGCCCCGUUGUUGUGGACACCCCCAUCGUUAUUGAAAGCCCCGCCGUCGUCGACACCCCCAUCGUCGAUGUGAGCCCCGUCUUCGUCGAACACCCAAUCGUUGUCGAGAGCCCCGUCGUUGUCGACGCUCCCAUCGUUGACGCCAGCCCCGCCGCUGCCGCCCCUGUCGAGUCUGAGUCUGCCUCCGCUGCUGCCGCUCCCCUGGUCCAGAUUAUCCUGAACAUCAACCAGGUUGCCGCCCCCGAGACCCCAGCUCUGGUUGUGCCAGAGACUCCCGCCAUUGUGCCGUCUCCCAUUAUCGUCGAGGAAUCUCCCAUCUUCGCUGAGCUCCCCAUCGUGGUCGACACCCCCGUCUUAGCCCCUGAGGUCGUCGAUACCCCCGUCGUGGCCCCUACACCCGUCCAGGUCGUCGACACCCCCAUCGAGGCCCCCAUCGUCGUGCCCGCCCCCAUCGUGAUCGAGCCCACGCCCAUCGAGCUGCCGACCCCCGUGCUGCCCGCUCCCGUCGAGGUCGCCCCCGUGAUCACCCUUCCCGACAUCCUCAACUAAGCUAAAAAC